UUUUUUUACUAUUAUUAUUAUUACUAUUAUUAUUAUAUUUACUUAUUUAUUUCUUUUUUUAUCUUUUUUUAGUUAUUUCUUUUUGCAUGUUAAUUGAAAGGGGAUCAUCUAUAUUAUAUAUAUCCAUAUAUUAGUAUUGCAUUUAUUCAAUCACAUUCAAUCAUCAUCAACGUCUUAUUAUUCUGACACACUGAACAAGAAGCAUUCCCGACACAGACCACUCACUCUCACUACCAACUUUCUUCUCUUUACCCUUUCGCCUCUAUUGAAUUGAACUGUGCCGCUAGAACGAAUCCAAUCAGGAUCAAAAAGAGUGUUCUCAACACAUCUCCUACACAGCACUCUUCUCUUCGUCGGACCUUUUUAUCUCUCUCUUCACCUCUCAUUUCUUCCUCAUCUCAUACCUUACUCUAUCGCCCUUUUCCCCCCUUUACCUCAUCUUGAACUCACCCCCAGUUCUUCCCUAAUCCAAUUCAGAUGGGUCACUUGGCACCGCAUCAAUGGCAGGCGCACGACGAGCACCUGCAACAACAACAACAACAACAGCAGCAGCAGCAGCAGCAGCAACAGCAACAGCAACCACAGGAAGAUCACCAGACUAUACACUAUACUACCGUUAAUGAUAACCACAACCACAACCACAAUAGCAGCAAUCAUAAUACCAAUAACAACGAAAAUAACCAUGAUAAUGAAUUUAGAGAUGAUCAAGAGGAUGAUGGUUAUCUCGUUGUCCGCGCAUUAUACCCUUUCCAUUCCGAGGACAAUACCUCGCUUUCGUUCGAAAAGGGAGAGCUGAUUCAGGUUCUUACUCAACUAGAGUCGGGCUGGUGGUAUGGUUACUGCCGUGAUGAGCGUGGCUGGUUCCCUUCCAACUAUGUUGAGAUUCUUGACCAUGAUAAUUUUGAUUCUCUUUCCGAAGGUGCCAGUGAGGAUGAGGCGGCAAGUGAUGAUGACCUUUGGCUUCCUCAGACGACGGCAGAUGGCCAAGUCUUUUACUUUAACACACGUACUGGCGAAUCAUCAUGGAUGAUCCCUUCAACAUCAGAGCGACAUAAAGAUGCCGUUGAUGAUGAUGCCAUUGAUCCCAGUAUGAAUGAACAAAUUGAGAAUAACGAAGAUGUCAUCACUGUCAAUCGAACACUAUCCGCUGCCACACAUACAAAUACACCCAUAAUUAAUUCAGAGAUCGAAGAAGAACCGUUGCAGCAUAACCACAACAAUAUCACUAUCAAUUCUCGGACGUUUGCUGGCCCACGCUAUGAUCAAAACGAUGCAUCAAGUCAGGGUGGAUCAACACGACGAAGUUCCUGGCAGGCAUCUGCAAUUCCAACAAGAGCAGGGUCGCCUAUUUCACAUGAAGCAGAGACAGCUCUUUCAGGGCUUGUAAAACCCUCGGGAUGGACUACUCCAGCUCGUGAGGAUGAAUCAUCACUGUCCUUGCCUCCUCUUCCCACUGUCUCAAAUCCGUUUGAUCCAGAGCCCACUUGGGAAUCUUUUUCAGACCAUACGACGGGGGCAUUGCAGAAUUUAAUACAUUCGGCCGAAAAUGGAUACAAAGCUUAUUACCAAAGUCAGGCUUCUCAAGUGGUCGAGGCCAUUCGGGUGAUGCUCUUUGCAUCUGGAAUGGUUGAUAAAGAUUCAGCCCCCAUACGCAUGCAUCGUGGUUUGAAACUGCAUCACCGUCAGAUCAUGGCGGCGCUGUCAAAGUUGGUCUUGUCCGCAAAGAUGGCCUCCUCCUUUUGGCCAGCUGAAGGUGCAAUCACAAAAAUGUUAGCUGAUGCGAACGACGUAGCCCAGGCAGUGCAUCAGUUCAUCUUCAUUGCUCGAAGCGUGGGCGUCACUGUCCAUCAGGUAGAUCCAAAAUUAAUCUCCGAUCCUGGGAGUCCAUUCCAAUCAAAGCCUGCACGAAGGUUGAGCCGUGCAGUCUCUAAUGCCUCGCGUGUCUCGAGUGAAGCUAGCGAUAGGACCUUCAACAACAGCCCAGCAACAGGACUUUUGAAUCAUUUGGAUUUUUGUACUAAAGCAUCAUGCAAAUCAUUGAGUGUCCUCAGUUCACAAAUUAAGAGGGCAAUAGAGACAUUGCUGAACCCUGCACAACCCACCCCUUCAUCCCGUCUCUCCUUAGGAUCACCUAUUCUGAACUCUGCUCAGUCAGCCCAGCUCGUCAAUCAGUGCCAUCAGACCAUCUCUCAACUUGGCUCGAUGCUGAACCUUAUAGGCGAAUUUUAUACCCAAACACUGAAUGAGCAUCCAGAGAUUCAGGACCAUGUUUUUAUCGACGUUCGCAACGCAAAACAGAUCCUAUACAAUCACAUUGCUGCGCUAGUCAUGGCCAUUCAGCUGGCCACAGACCCAAUGGUUCAAACCUCCGUACUUGAAAUGGCAUUGGAUGCCACAGCGACAACAGAAAAAUCUACACUAGAACUCGCAACAUGUGCUCGCGCUUUAGCAUUAGAUAGGGAGCAUAAUGAGAAACAGCAGCAGCAGCAGCAGCAACAGCAACAUCAGCCACAAACACGCCCUCAAAUAACCAAGGUUGAUUCGAGUGCAACUCUCAUUACUCAGUCAGCCUCAUUUGCAGCACACCUUCGGCAGACAGGGAUUGAUAUGUACUUUCAAGAACAUGAUUCAGAUAUGGAUGGCGAUACUGCCAAAAGCUCAAGAUACCGCUCCAACUCUCAGGUCUCAUCCUUCUCCAGUACCUCAUCUGUCUCCAAUAUUUCUGCCCCAACAACGCCAGGCACUGAAUAUACGGGGCGCUCACAGCCCAAUGGCUAUCCUUUCCCUACUCAUCUCCCCAGUGACCGUCCAUUGUCACCACCGCUGGUGCCGAGCGCACCCGUCAGCACUAGUUCACAGUCUCAAAAACAGGAUGCUCGUGGUGAGAAGCUAAAGAAGAUGUUGGGUGAUGAUGCGCCUCAGCCAAAGCCGAAGCAACCAGAACAGCCAUGGUAUCUCGGACACGAUUAUUCUCCAGCGGAUAUUUCUUUUAAUAUGGAGGGACAUGUUCGAGGUGGAACGUUGCCAGCGCUCGUAGAGCGACUUACACUCCAUGAUGGCCACGAUCUCAACUUUGUGCAGACUUUUUUGCUCACAUACCGAUCUUUCGCGACUACUGAGCAAUUGUUCUCGCUCUUGUUCCGUCGAUUUGUGAUCACACCACCGAUGGGAUUGGAUGAAUCAGAACUAGAGAUUUGGACGGAGAAGAAGUUGACGCCCAUUAGACUUCGAGUCUUUAAUAUCAUAAAGUCAUGGCUCGAAAACUAUUAUAUCGAGGACGAGGCCGAAGACCGGGCGAUUUUGCCAAAGAUCAAAGAGUUCUCAGAGUCGAAUCUGAUGCGAGACACGAUGAAGAUCCCGGCGACACAGCUGACAAGGCUGGUGGAGAAGAGAGAGACUUCGGAUGGAUCGCUUCGCAAAAUGGUCUUGAACUUGACAACACAGGCACCUCAGCCGAUCACACCACGCAACCUGAAGCGAAUCAAGUUUAUGGACCUGGAUCCGUUAGAGUUGGCAAGGCAAUUGACCAUUAUGGAAGCAGGCUAUUACACCAAGAUUAAGCCUAUUGAGUGUUUGGCCAAGGCUUGGACAAGUGAAGAUCCAGAGGUGGCAGCUAAGGCAGUGAAUAUUAAGAAGAUGAUCGAGAUCAGUAAUCUCUAUGCCAACUGGAUCAAUGAAAUUGUGUUGAGUGAAAAGGAACCCAAGAAGCGUGCCGCCGUCAUUAAGCAUAUGGUGUCACUUGCAGAGAGAUUACGCCAGCUGAACAAUUUUAGUAUGCUGUCCAAUACCACAGCAGCAUUGUUACAUUCUCCAAUCCAUCGAUUGAAACGAACUUGGGAGUUAGUUCCUGCCAAGACGGUCAAUACGUUGACGAUGCUUCAGAACGUCACGAGCUCGGCCAAGAAUUGGGCAGACUAUCGAGCCGAGUUGCAUUCGGUCAAUCCACCGUGUGUACCGUUUGUGGGAGUGUACUUGACUGAUCUGGUGAUGAUCGAGGAUGGAAAUGCGGAUUUCCUGAGGAAGACCGAUAACCACAUUAAUUUCUAUAAGCGUGUCAGUACUGCUGAAGUGAUCCGUGAGAUUCAACAGUACCAGUCAGUUCCUUAUUGUCUAACUGCCGUUCCGGAAAUCCAGACGUUCAUCCGACGAGGCAUGGACAAUACAAAGACAGUUGCAGAGCUCUUUGAUUUGAGCUUGGCCUUGGAACCUAGAACAAGACCCAUGACUGGGAUCCCCUCCACACCCGCAACUCCAACCUUCAAUCAUGUCCCAGGAAUGCCUACAAGCGGAAACGAUCAAGCUUAGAGUUUUUAUUUGUUUAUCUAUUUAUUUAUUUAUUAAUUUAUUUAUCAAAGUCCAUUCACCCAUUCACAUACACAUUUUACACACACAAAAUAAUCUAUAACUUAUUAAUUAAUGUCACAUUUAUAUUAUCAAAGACUGGUAUAUUAGCAUAGCAUCUAUAAUACG